AUGGCUAUGGGUUCUGACGGAGACACAGACCAGACCUCCAGUUACUCCUCAGGCCUGUCGGACUCGGAGAAGGAACAGCAGGUGGUCUCCCUCCUCCGGACCAGGACCAUGUCCAGGCUCAGUCUGCGGCUCGAUGACGGCCUGUUGGACCGAGGUCUGCCGCACAGCAGCGCCUCCUUCAGCGUGGGAGGAGGCAGCUGGAGGAGCAGCAGGUCUCUGAAGUGUCGUCGUUCCCAGCAGCUCUCCGCCGCCUGUUCGGAGUCUCUCCUCGGCAACACUCCUCGUAGACCGAGCGUCCGCUCGCUCCACAGCGUGGCCUCGGACGCCUCCCUGCUGUCCUCGCUGCUGGACGACUCGUCCGUCCAUGAGAACACGCUGGUCGACACGCUCUGGGGUUUGGACGACGACGUCGAUCCUAAAGAAAGCACCGUCAUCAUGGAUCAGAGCAGCGUCCUGGUGAACAGCACUCUGAUUGGUCUAGACGGCUGCUGUGACAAACACCUGCUGCUCUCGGACAGGAAGGAGUCCAUCAUCACACACUGCUCCUCCUCCAAAUACAGCUCCGCCUCCUGCUCCACCCCCUCGCUGACGGGACCAGGGCCCUCCAACCACGGAGCAGCAGAGACGUCCGUCGUCUACUGUCGAGACCGGAGCCGCAGGAGGACGACGACGACGACGACGACGACGACAACAGCAGGUGUUCUGUGGGACGCAGGCGUGAACCUGAGCAGAAGGGCGGCGUCUGCUGUCGCCGCCCUUCUGCUCACUCUGAUUCACCUGCUGCUGCAGAGACGUCACCAUGUGACAGCUCGUUCUGGUCACUGUGGCGUCAUGGACCUGAAGGAUUCGACCACGAGCCUGAAGGAGCUUGAUCCCAACAGACCUCUGUCUCGGAGCGUCGGUCAGCUGACUGGGAGCGCAGCCUCAGCUGUUUGGCCUCUGACGAGGAGAAUGAGUUUAGCUUCACGGAGCAUCGGACGCUCUGCAGGUGAAGUCUUCGGGUGGCUCAACAGAAGGCGUCACAUGACUGGUCCUGACUACGCCUUCCUCCUGACUUGGUUCCCUGUACGAAGGCGACUUGUCCUGAUGCUCCUCCUCCUCCUCCUCCUCCUCCUCAGCCCAUGUUGGCUCGGUCCCGCCGGCCUGCAAUCCGUCCUCGCAGCACUACACCUCACCGAGUGGAGGACGCCGGUCUCCCACGUCCCUGGUCUGGUGUCCUCACAGGGCCAAUCAGCAGAGGGCGCUGUGGAGGAGACACUCUACGGUCGGGCUCCACCUGCAGACGAGGAAGAGUCUGAGCGGCUCACUGGUCUGGAGCGGAGUCUGGCGACGUUGUGGGAGCGUGUGGAGGCCGGAGGGCGGCGGGCGGAGCAGAGACACGUGGAGGUUCUCCAGCUGUAUGCUGACCUCCAGCAGCCUCAGAGCGCCGGCGACCACCUGGAGACGUGGGUCAGCCGCCUGCUGGACGGUCAGCUGACGCAGCUCAGGACAUGCCUGGAUGAGGAGCGACAGCAGAGAGAGCAGAUUCAGCAGCAGGUCGAGUUGCAGCAGGAGAGUCAAGCGUCUCGUCUGGAUCAGCUGCAGCUGCAGUUGCAGACGCUGGUGACGAAGACAGAGGAGGAGCAGCGGCGACGAGACGCUGCUACAACAACCUCAGCUCCACCUGCUGUCAGUGUCGGUGUGGACCGUCGGUCCCAUGAUGCCUUGCUGGCAGAGGUAGCGACAUUGGAGGCAGCUCUAGAGGACGUGAGGCAGGACGUCCAGGGUUUGUCUUGGGUAAAGGACGCCUGCCGCCGACUCGACGAAAUCCAGCAGACGAUCUCCGCUCAGAUCCGUGAGGAGGUCCGGGCUCUUGUCUUCGGGAACCAGCCGGCGGUGGGGGGCGGGGCGGACUUGGACGCCCUGCCAGAGUCGCUCCUCCAGUGGCUGUCACAGCAGUACGUCGGCGGGGCUGACCUGCAGGAGGCGCUGGCCUCUCUGGAGCUCAGCAUCCUGCAGAACCUCAGUCUGCAGCUGGAGCGGCAUGGCAGCGAGCAGAUGGUCCAGGACGGCAUUGUGCAAACUGCUGGGGCUGCUGGGGCCGCCGUGACCCAGGAGGACGUCCGAGUCAUCGUGACCGACGCUCUGCGGCUGUUCUCUCAGGACCGGACCGGCCGGGCCGACUACGCUCUGGAGUCUGGAGGGGGCAGCGUCCUGAGCACUCGCUGCUCUGAGACGUACGAGACGAAGGCGGCGCUGCUCAGUCUGUUCGGACUUCCUCUCUGGUAUUUCUCUCAGUCUCCUCGAGCGGUGAUCCAGCCCGACGUCCAUCCAGGAAGCUGUUGGGCCUUCAGAGGCUCCACAGGCUUCCUGGUGAUCCGUCUCUCCAUGAGGAUCCUCCCCUCCGCCUUCUCCCUGGAGCACCUCCCCAGAGCCCUGGCGCCCAGCGGGGCUCUUCACAGCGCCCCCCGAGACUUCGCCGUCUACGGUCUGGAUGACGAGCGUCAGGACCGAGGGAAGCUGCUCGGAUCUUACACCUUCGACCAAGACGGAGAUUCUCUGCAGACCUUCGCCGCCACCAAGGAGAACGAUGAGACCUUCCAGGUCAUCGAGGUGCAGGUGUUGUCCAACUGGGGUCACGAGGAGUACACCUGCAUGUACCGCUUCAGAGUGCACGGGACGCCCCGCCACGUCUGACCACGCCCACAGAGGCUCCGACUAACCAAGCUCGAGUCUCCGAGAGGAUUUUGUUCGACGAAAGUCUCGUCGGUGACGAUAAACCCG